AUGGAGCUCGACGAAAAUGAGGAUUUCGACCUCUACGAGGGACUCGAAAAUUUCGAGGAUUCUUCUAACUCGGGAGCAGAUUAUACCGCACCUAAAGAUGAAUUAUAUGAGAAAGAGGAUCUAUCAGCUGAGGACGAUGAUUUACAGCUUGUUGUUAAUGAUGAUGAUUUGGUUUCGAAGGGAGCACCAAUACAGGCCCAAACAGCACCGAAAAAAACAACAAAACAUCCAUUACUUAAUAGAAAACAUCGUAAUUUUUAUGUUGGCGCUCCUACGUCUGGAGAGGUAUCGACGUUACCAAUGGGUAACAUAGAAUUCUUUGUAUUGGUUAAGAAUUUGCCAGUUUGGAUAGAUAACUCAGGGCUUAGGACCUACGUUGAGGGAAUUACUGGCGACGUGGUUUACUGCAAGGUUUUGUACAAUUUUUACAACGGAUCUCCUCUGGGUGUUGGCUUUGUGGAGUUUUCACAAAUUUCGUCUUGCACAGCCUUUCUGAAACAUAAGUCACAGAUAGGGUCAGAACCGAUGACAGUUGACGUUUUUUCUCAGCUCAAGAGUUGCGAAAAAUACAGGGACGGUAUUGUGUCAGAGCCCUUCACCAAGUCGGUUUGCCGUCACUUCUCACAGCCCUACUCAAGCACUAAUUUUAAUGCCGUCUCACAGCAAGAUUUGGUGGAAAUUGAGUUUGAACGUCAACAGGAAGAACUCGCCAAAACCGGCGAGUAUGAGCUAGUUUCAAAAACUUUUCCCUGGUUCAACUUCGACCUCGUCUCAAUGAUGGGUAAUUCCCGACGCCUUUCUGCCAAGGACUCUCAACCCGAGCCCAGCAACCACCUCAAGGCUUUCUCUAAAAACACCAAACUGGAUCCUUUCUCUAACAAACUAACACUCCUCAAUCUUAACCCAAUUGUGCUACCAAGCAUCCCACCGCCCACACUAUCUCACACUAAACCGUUAUCGCAGAGUGUAAUUCCUAUGUCUAAGAAUGUGGAUAAGAGAUCUCCUUCUCAGAAAACUACCAAAACACCAACUAACUCGAGUGUUUCAUCAGAAAUACCCAAAGAUAAAAAGAGGGAUAGAAAUAAGUAUGAGAAGACUGAUGAAAGGUCAAAGAAAAGGAAGACUAAGGAUCGGGGCGAGUUGAGAGAGAAGUCCAGGAAUCGCAGCAGAAGUAGGGAAAGGUCAAAGCAAUCUAAACGCAAAUCUCCUGACCGAGUUUCAGGCAGAAAAUCAACUCCCAAAAGAAGAUAA